AUGCUCGCGGCGUUAGUAGUGUGCGCGUGCGCAGUGUUGGCGACAGCAGAUUACAACCUGGGUCUAGGUUUCUCUGACGGUUACCUAGCAACCAAUUUUGGUUCACCAACUCUUAAUGCUCUCUCCUCGGCUGGUGCUAGGGAUCCCAGAGCAAACAGAGGCCCUGUUGUUUUCCCUCCAUCACCACCCGGGGAUCCUUCACAGACCAGUGGAGUUGUCGUUGGAGCUUCAGGUUAUGGCUUCCAACCCCCCGGCGCCCAAGGUAAAUACGGCCGUAGAUAA